CAUGCAGCUGAAUACAAAGGAAAUGUAUUUAAUCCUCCACCGGUGCUGGUGCUAGCUGUCAUCCACGUGGUGCUGGAGAGCAGAGCUUCGCAGGGGUUGUCCGGCUGUGACCCAUUAGGACGCUCUAGUGGACUGGCUUAUGGAGAGCAAGACUGCAGCACAGACUUGCAGAUUCUUCCAGGGAACAGACUGCCUGGCAUCUAGUCUGUGACGAACCCAAAGGAAUUGCCUACCGGGAUCGUGCUGUCAUGAAUUGACAGCUCUGGCUGAAUUGUGAAGUCCGGCACGCUGGAGCCAAACUGCUGGCAAGUGGAGUGGAAGCGUGGAGCGUCUCACAGCUCCCUGUGGCAGAGACCGGCCGACUCGCUGGAAGCGAUGCGCUCAAUCCUAGGCGAUGAAAGGGGCCUUUGUACAGCUCCGCAGCCCGUUUAUUCCUGGAGCAUGGUUAACUUCAUCUCCAGCAGGACCCACACACCUGUCCUUCCUGUUGUAGAAUCUGUCUAUGACCUUCUCCCAAAGGAGCUGCAGUUACCACCCUCUAGAGAAACAUCUGUAGCAUCCAUGAGCCAAACAAGUGGUGGUGAGGCAGGUUCGCCUCCUCCAGCUGUCGUUGCUGCUGAAUGAACCUAAAUUAUCCCAGUCGAUAGCGGAGGCUGUGGGAAUUAGUUUACUUUGCUGUCCUGAAAGUGAGAUAGGCACUUGGGACUAAUAGGCAGCUUUCAGGCUUUUGGAAGUGAACGUACAGCUGAACUGAUGUCCUGACCAACUGGAAAUUCUGCAUCAGUCCUAGGUACACUGCAAAUUAAAGCCACUGCAUUUGCCAAAGAACAAACUGGAAAAUGGAACUGGUAUCAUUCAACUGCUCCAGCUUCUCCAGGAGAUGGGGGAAAGGAACUUCUUUCUACAUGGCUGAAAGAUUUGCCUCUGAAGCAGGGAGUGUCUGCAUUAAAAAUGACCUGUAGUUCUCUGCUUCAUAGAUGCUUCUUCAGCUCCCUCCUCUUCCUCCAUGGGCGGUGCUUGCAGCUCCUUUACCACCUCUUCCAGUCCUACCAUUUACUCUACCUCAGUCACCGACAGCAAGGCUAUGAAAGUGGAGAGCUGCUCCUCAGCCGUGGGGGUAAGUAACCGAGGGGUAAGUGAAAAGCAGUUAACCAGUAACACAAUCCAGCAGCAACAGUCAACGCCGAAGAGACACACAGUCCUGUACAUCUCACCACCACCUGAGGAUUUGCUGGAUAACAGUCGGAUGUCCUGCCAGGAUGAAGGGUGUGGAUUGGAGUCAGAGCAGAGCUGCAGUAUGUGGAUGGAGGAUUCCCCCUCCAACUUCAGUAACAUGAGCACCAGUUCCUACAAUGAUAACACUGAGGUGCCACGUAAAUCACGCAAACGCAAUCCAAAGCAGAGGCCAGGGAUCAAACGCCGAGAUUGUGAAGAAUCCAACAUGGAUAUCUUUGAUGCCGACAGUGCCAAAGCGCCUCACUAUGUCCUUUCUCAGCUCAGCACGGACAGCAAAGGCAACUCAAAAGCAGGAAAUGGAACAUCAGAAAACCAGAAAGGACCUGGAGGGAAGAAGACGCCAAUGUUGUGUGGACAGUAUCCGACUAAAAAUGAGGGGAAGGAGCUGAAGAUAGUGGUACAACCAGAGACGCAGCACAGAGCUCGGUACCUGACUGAAGGCAGCCGAGGCUCAGUGAAAGACAGGACACAACAAGGUUUUCCAACUGUGAAGCUGGAAGGUCACAAUGAAUCAGUCGUGCUGCAAGUGUUUGUGGGGAAUGACUCUGGUCGAGUGAAGCCACAUGGGUUCUAUCAGGCCUGUAGAGUAACGGGGCGAAACACAACACCCUGCAAAGAAGUAGACAUAGAGGGUACUACAGUCAUAGAGGUUGGCCUUGACCCUAGCAACAACAUGACACUUGCGGUUGAUUGUGUGGGAAUCCUGAAGUUGAGGAAUGCGGAUGUUGAAGCUCGAAUAGGACUUGCAGGUUCAAAGAAAAAAAGCACCCGUGCCAGAUUGGUGUUCCGUGUUAACAUCCCUCGGAAAGACGGCUCGACACUAACCCUGCAGACACCUUCCUCUCCCAUUCUGUGCACUCAACCAGCAGGCGUUCCAGAGAUCCUAAAGAAAAGUCUGCACAGCUGUUCAGUAAAGGGAGAAGAGGAAGUCUUUCUGAUUGGCAAGAACUUUCUGAAGGGAACAAAAGUAAUCUUCCAAGAGAAUAUUUCUGAUGAAAACUCUUGGAAAGCAGAAGCUGAAAUAGACAUGGAAUUAUUUCAUCAGAAUCACCUUAUUGUGAAGGUGCCACCAUAUCAUGAGCAGCACAUAACCUCAGCUGUUUCUGUUGGGAUAUAUGUGGUGACCAAUGCUGGAAGAUCACACGAUGUGCAGCCGUUUACAUACACUCCAGAUACACCUGGUACUCUGAACGUCAUUGUGAAGGAGGAAAUCUCCAGCCCAGCACAACCUUGCUCUUUUGAAGAGGCCAUAAAAGCAGUGAACGUUACUGGUUGUAACCUGGAUAAGGUAAAUAUUCUUCCUAGUGCCUUGAUAACUCCGCUCAUGCCAAUCAGUAUGAUUAAGAGUGAAGAAGUAUCUCCAAUGGAAGUAACAGCAGAAAAAAGAUCUCCUACAGUCUUCAGUACUACAAAGGUGGUUGGACCAACUCAGCAAAGUUUAGAAAACAAUAUGUCCAGCAUAUCAACUUCUGCUUCCCAUUUACCUUCUGAUAAUGAAAACCAGCAGCAGAUCCAGCCUAAGGUGUAUCCAGAGACUCUGACUACUAUCCAGACACAGGACAUUUCACAGCCUGGUAGCUUUCCAGCUGUCUCUGCUUCUGGCCAGCUGCAAAACAGUGAUGCACUACUGCAGCAAGCUGCACAGUUCCAGACUAGAGAGUCCCAGUCCAGAGAGGUGUUGCAAUCAGAUGGCACCGUAGUCACUUUGUCACAGUUGACUGAGGCAUCACAGCAACAGCAGUCAAAUCUAGCAGAACCAGCACAGGCAUUACAGCAACAGAUUUCAUCAAGUAUUUUUUCAUCAGCAAGCAGUGUGAAUCAGUUACAGAACACUAUACAGCAACUGCAGGCUGGAAAUUUUCCAACCAGUACUGCCAGUGGCAACAGUGGAAAUGUUGACUUGGUCCAGCAAGUCUUGGAAGCUCAACAGCAGUUGUCUUCUGUUUUGUUUUCUGGGUCAGACAGUAGUGAGGAUGUUCAAGAGCAGCUCAAUGCAGACAUUUUUCAGCAAGUCAGUCAGAUACAAAGCAGUGUAAAUCCUGGGAUAUUUUCGUCCUCAGAAACAGCAGUCCAUUCCAGGCCGGAGAAUCUUUUGUCCGGAAGAGCUGAAAAUGUCCAUUCUCAGCCUGAGAGUUCGUUGUCCAAUCAGCAGCAACAGCAGCAGCAGCAGCAAGCAAUGGAAACUUCUGCAGCAAUGGUAAUGGGAAUGCAGCAGAAUAUCUGCCAAGCUGCAACACAGAUGCAGUCUGACUUGUUCUCCUCCACUACGUCAGGAAAUGGGAACCUCCAGCAGUCCUCAGUUUUUCAACAAGCUUCCCACAUGAUGAGUGGGCUGUCAACAAGCGAGGACAUGCAGAUGCAGUGCGAGUUAUUCUCUUCAUCUCCUGGUGUUUCUGGGACUGAAACUACCGCAACUGCGCAACAGCAAGUCUCAACCAACGGCCCUGCCAUGUUUCAGACAUCGAGUUCUGCAGAUGGUGAAGAAGCUUCAGGACAGAAUAAACAGAUGCAAAGCAAUGUGUUUCAGACCAUGGUUCAGAUGCAACACAGCGGGGAAAAUCAGUCUCAAGUCAACCUCUUUUCAUCUACAAAAAACAUGAUGGCCGUUCAGGCAAGUGGAACUCAGCAGCAGGGAGGUGGGCUGUACCAGCAAGGUGGGGAAAUGAUGUCUAUUCAGUCCGGAAGUUUCAUGCAGCAGUCUCCACAUUCACAGGCUCAGCUCUUUCACUCUCAGAAUCCUAUUGGUGACGCCCAAAAUAUAUCGCAGGAAACGCAAGGGUCUAUUUUUCACAGUCCAAAUUCCAUUGUCCACAAUCAGACCGCUUCCUCUUCCUCGGACCAACUACAGUCUCCACUGUUCCACUCCCAGAACACAAUGGGCGUGCUGCAGAGCUCUUCAGUUUCUCAAGACCAACAGUCAACCGGCAUGUUCCUUUCUCAGAGUUCAAUGAAUAACCCUGCAACUCAGGAAGAACAGAUGUCAUUCUUUACUGCCCAGAAUUCCAUUUCACCACUUCAGACGGCUCCAAACACUGAGCAGCAGGCUUCUUUCCAACAACAGACGCAGAUAUCCCACAUCCAGAGCCCGAUGCUUCCCCAAGAACAGUCUCAGGCUCAAACCACCCAGCAGGGUUUGUUUCAGUCUCAAGUAUCUUUAGGCUCCCUCCAAUCCAAUACAAUGCCCCAGAACCAACAAGGGGCCAUCUUCCAGCCUCAGCAUUCAAUAGUCGCAAUUCAGAGUAGCUCUUCAUCCCAAGAACAGCAGCAACAGCAGCAGAAUAUGAUGUUCAGUAAUCAAAAUGCCAUGAAUACAAUUGCGUCUCAAAAACAGAACAUGAUUUUCAACCCAAAUCAAAACCCAAUUGCUAAUCAGGAGCAGCAAGGCCAGUCAAUUUUCCACCCACAAGCCAACAUGGCGCCAAUGAGUCAGGAUCAGCAGCCCAUGCAGUUCCAGAAUCAAACCACAGUGACUCCACUUCAGAAUCCCGGAUCCACCCAGGCCGAAUCCCAGCAGCCAACCCUGUUCCAUAACUCUCCUCAGAUUCAGCUGGUUCAAGGAUCACCAAGUUCUCAAGAGCAGCAAGUGACCCUCUUCAUCUCCUCAGCCUCCAUGUCUGCCUUGCAGAAUAGCAUGAGCCAGCAAGAGCUGCAGCAAUCUCCUCUCUACUCUUCGCAGAACAGUAUGACGGGGAUUCAAGGGACAGCUUCUCCACCACAGCAGCAGGCUUCUUUGUUUCACAACACAGCAGGGGGGGCUAUCAAUCAAUUGCAGAAUUCUCCUGCUUCAUCUCAGCAGACUUCAGGAAUAUUCCUCUUUGGCAUUCAGAACAACUGUGGCCAGCUCUUAACUUCUGGACCAGCAGCAUUGCCGGAUCAGCUGAUGGCUAUAAGUCAGUCAGGUCAGCCACAGAAUGAGGGGCAGCCACCUGUGCCAACACUACUGCCCCAGCAGAUAUCUGAGAAUUCUCCACUACCUUCAGCGAUGACAACCAAUCAGAAUAUGGAGAAAAUAGAUGACUUGCUUGUGUCAUUACAAAACCCGGGGAACAACAUGGCUGGCUCAUUUUAACUGGCCAAAAAUCCUAUGAAGGAAAAGCUGACAGUUUCCAAGUUCUCUCAGACCUUGUGAUUCUGGAUUAAGCUGUGUGGAACCGAUUUACUUCUGUCAAAGAAUGGCCUGUACCCAAGCAAAUAUGUAAACUUCUCCCUCUUUUUCUAAAGAGCACAUAUGCUGCCUACUGCAGUUUCUAGCAACUGAGUCUGUAACUGUAGUAUUUGAAACUCUUGAAGUCAAUAAUGGCUGAAAAGUUGUGCUUUGUUUUACCAGGGUGUGGAAUGAGACUUGCCAUAUUCCUAGACCCACUGGUCAGUGAUGCUUUUUGAAUUCAAAGCAGGACUGCUCAGCUAUUAUUGUUGUUAGAAAAUAAUACAUGUUGCCAUGUUUACCUUUUCUUUUCUCUUCCUUCUUCACAAAACCUCUGUCAAGUAGGAAAGCUUGUGAAGCAGGAACAUUGUGCGCCCAUGGCUUGAGCUGUGAUUCACAACAUAGCUGUCAGUCGGUGAAAGAAUUGCAGUUUUGACAAUGGCGCUGAAGAGCCAUGGCUGCGAUGGGUUAGUUACAACAGGUGGUAGUAAAAGAUGAUGCGGAUAAAUUGCAGGCAGAUUAUCUACUACAUCUCGCAGAACAUCCAGGAAGAUGUGGCUGCUUCCCAUCGGAGAAUGUGAUUAACAGUUUUCUGUCUCUCUGCUGGUAGGCUUACUUAUGAACUGUACAUAGAAUAAGAAUUAGGUGGCUCUACCAAAAUGAAGAAGAACGUCACAGUAAUGUAUUCUGAAACCUUAUCCUCUAAAAUACCUUGAACUUGAAGGGAGCAAUCUGCCUGGCUGAGGAAACAUCUCCUUCAUGUCUCUCACUACAACUGCGUAAAUCAGAGCUUGUCAGCUGCAUUAUCUUUUCUCAUACCGAUCUGGCCUCUUUCGUUCUUUCCAUAUUCUUCCUCUUUCCUUCCCUCAACUUUUACAUGGUCUUUAAACACAUACGGAUACUAUUGGCUUUAGAAACCUGAAGCAACUUUUAGGAUGCCAAGGCACCUAUGACUGUGGUAUCCAGAUGCCAAGUCUGUAGAAGUCCUUGACAGGUCAGCAGGGCUUAAGGACCGUGGAAAUGCCAGUUCCUUGCCAUCGCCCAAAUGCAAAAACUUGCCCUGCUUCUCCAAUCGUUGCUGAUUAAAACCUUACUUUUUAAUUUUAAACGGGGCAAACAACACGUUUCAGUGUUCUUAAAAACUUCACUUCAGCUGGUGCAUCUUUGCAGCCUUUUCAGCUCAUGACAGAUGAAGUGCAUGGUUUUUUUUUUUACUGAUAGUCCCCAUAUCCUGCAGCUUCUCCCAGGUCAUAUAUUCCAUUAAAAAGCAGCCUCUGUUACAGUACAUAAAAAUAACCCACUCCAGGCCAUGUGGUUGCAUUGUGAGGCAUGUGAGUUCUUUUGGGUGCUCCAGCUACCCCAGGAGGUAUGCUGGGCUCUCACUACAACCUCAUGCAGGCAUUUCUUCUGUCUUGUCCGUCUCCUGCACGUAGAAAGCUGUUAAUGCAGUAUAGAGCCAAACACGUCAUGUAUGGCUGUUAUGCCUUGGUAUAGUAAAGUUGGUGUGUCAUUUUUAAUUUGUUAUUUUAAGUAAAAAAAGAAUAGCCUGUAAAUGGUUUUUAAUUUACCCUAGUCUGUUUACUGUGUGUUUUUUCUAACUUGUGUACCUAGCUGAGCUGUGUAGAAAUGUUUUUUUGGUUUUAAUGGUCUUUCCUGUAUGUCAGUCUUUCAAAAUGUUUAUUUGCUCUUUCAGUCUCUCUCUCUCUCUCUCUCUCUCUCUCUCUCUCUCUCAUUGAGAGGCAUUGAAUUACGUUUUCAGUAGUAAGGCUUCUUGCCGAUAUGAAGGGAACUUUUCAGAAAGAGACCUGCUCUGGGUCAUUUAAUUUUGAAUACAGUUUUCAAUCGUUCAAGUUUUGGAUGGUUUAUAUCUAAUGUGUGUUUCAUUUUUUUGGAAAGCUAUAUUUUGUAUUUAGGAAAUGGUAUACUAUUUUGCUAUUUGUACUGAGUGAGUACAUUGGCAUAAAUAUAAAAAUUUAUAUAUAUAUAUAUAUAUAUAUCUAUAUAUACAUAUAUAUGAAAUAUUCUUUUGCCACACAUUUUUGUGGUAAAUUUGUGAGUUUGUCUGAUGUUCUACCACAACGUGGCGUCUGAUAACAGUGGGGGUGGGUUUUGUUAUGUCUUUACUAAGUAUUUAAGUACUUUUUGCAACAUAAAUAACUUGUUCAUCUCUGGCCAUUCCAUCAGGCAGUGUAUUGUUCCGGUUGGCAGUGGGCAGCUUCACUGUGUUUGAUGUGUCUGUCACUCAGCAGUGUGAUGUAGUAAGGAAACCCAUUUAGGCAACUGUAAAAUUACGGGGUUUCAUUCAGAAUGAGCCAUUCAGCUUUUAUUCACUGUCAUUGUCUAUUUAAUGUUUUACUAUUAGCACCUUUGUGUUGUUAUUUUUAAUUUAUAAUUACACUAACAAUGUUGUUGGAAAUUUUAAUCACGAUAAAGAAAAUUUUCCCUACUUCAUAAUGUCCGGAGCUGCUUUUUAACCCCGAACAAGACACUUUUCUUCCUAUGAAUUUGUUUUCUUUUCCUCGUAAGAAAAAGUAAAAUUCUUGUCAUGGUUCAUGGAAGAGCAGCCUCGCAACAUUGCCUGAAUGCUGUCCGAUGAGACAUAGAUGGGUUCUGCGCCUCAUUGGAUUGAGUACAGCUUCCAGAUGGCUGUGGGAGGCAAUGGCCUGUAACAGUUCUUCGGAAACUAACUGGUGACUUCUGUAAGAUCAACUUAUUCACAGUUAGUCCCAGGACAAGGAUGUUUGAUGACAUCCUGCUGACUGAGUGGGCCUACUGUGGACUGAUGAGAGAUGGGGAUAAUAAACUGAUUUGUAUGCUGCUUCAUUUUGUUCCAUUGUUUGGAAGUGGGAGCAUCUUCAUGCUGAAACGUUGGUCAGCGCCAAGUCACCAGGGACCAGUUUUCCAUUGAUUGGUGUCCAAAAUAGAACUUAUUGUCGGGACUGCUACAGCUCUGGGGCAGGGGAAUGUUUGACUUGUGCGUAUUUUAAGGUUGCUUAUAACAAGGGCUGUGCGACCAUGUUCUCACUACUAAACAGCAUCUUUACUUUCUGUUGUGUCAAACUUACUGUGUCCAUUUUUAGGUCAAUGUUAAAUGUACAACAUUUUGAACAUGUGAUUUGGUUACAAAAAGUAUUUGUCUUCUGAAUUAAAACCUUGCUCAGUGGUUGACUAGUGCUUGCGCUGCUACUUGCAAACAUCUUUUCAGUUGCAUAAAGAGUGAAGUUCAACAAUGGCUUUGGAAACCGCUUGCAAGAGUUGUUUCAUGGCAGAAGAACCUAAGUAUCAUGCGAGUCCCCUGUCUCUACUCCUUCAGAGUCCCACCCAUGUACUUUCGUGAUUUCAGCAGUUGAUACUGAUAUUUGGAGCUUACCCUGGUUUUUUGGGUGUUGUUUUUGGGUGGGAAAGGGUGGGGGGGGUAUUUUUAAUUUGCUGAUCUAUUUAUUCUAUGAUUCAUCUGCACUGGUCUGGGCAGAAGAGUGGGGUAUAAAAAGUGUUUGCCUGUCGAGUUUUUAUUGAGGGGGUGGGGCCUAUCCAAUCCAAUCCUGUUUGGUUGGAAAGUUAGGAGUCAUUUAAGGUGAUGACAAUUUGUGUGUAUAUAUGUGUGUGUGUGUGUAAUUGAGUAGUCAGUAACAUUUACACGAUUGCCUCUUGCACACACUAAACUUAAGAGGCCCGUUUGACUCAGAUUACAUGCUGGAGAACUUGCUUUUUAUAUAUUUAAGGUAAACAUUUACUCUUUUGAAGUACAUGGUUUUGUAGCUACCUUUACUAGAUGCAAGGUGGAAAAGUAUAAAGUUGUAUUUUUAGCGUGGAUUUUCUGUAUAUUAUUUGUCUUUCUCUACUGCCUUGGACCUUUUGUUAAAGCAUCUAUAGUCCAAAAACUCUAUCUGAAUUUAGGUGGUUUUCAGCUUUAAAUCCUUUUUGCACAUUAGCUUUCCAAUCCCCUUUAUUUGCUGUCUCAACAGCAUCUCUGUUAUAAGAAUACCUAAAGAAACCUGUCCUUUUAGCCACCACAGUCCAUGCCUUUAGCCAGUCCCCUUGUGUCUGUAUGUAUGAUAUCAGUACUUAAAAAUGGACUAUUCUUAAUUCAUCAUUGAAAGAAUAAUAGGUUAUAUGAAUAACACUUGUGGCAUAGAAAAUAUUAAGAUAAAUAUUAGUUGAGCAGCUCUUGCCAGUGGAAAUGUUUAUCUACACUUCCCACUUUGCCAGCCAGUCUGUUUGUUGGCACAGAUUGCCUUGACAUGGUUUGACCCUUUCAAUGGCUCAUCCACGCCAAAUGCUCUUCCAUUAUUUUCUUUGUCAACACAUACAGUUGAAGGAAUAGUUUCAGCCCUGAUGCUCUGAAGGAGACACUUAACCACUAGGCAUUUAUUUUGCUAAUUUUGAGCUAUUGGCAGGAUGACCAGUGUCCAUGGCUGGGUACUUUGGAUUAGUUCUAAAUCAAAAUAAGUGACAAACAAGAUAGCGUCUGUGAAUUUUAACUGUCUUAGCCCUACACUGACGGCUUUUCCAAUUACAAGUGUGCACAUUUCUCUAAUAGGAGCAAGGCUUGACUUUUCUAGUCUUCCGCUGUGAUUUCGGGAUGUGUUGCCCUGAAAGAAGUAAUAUCUACUGCAUUGGUUAGAUUUUUCCAUUCACAAAUUGUCCUUCCAAAGCCUUCAAAAAGGAAACACCGUUCAGAAGCUCAAGCACCCUCUUUUAAUGUAGCAUAAACCUUUCCAAGCAGCAAGAAAGUCUGUUUUGUUUAAAGCUUCAUCAGUGGAAUAAAGAAAUUUAAGUUCACCCAAACAGGCAAAGCUUUAAUAAGUUAUUGAAGAUGAGGACAUCAGAAUGUUGUUUUCAGUUGCAGCUCACAUGUUGCUCUGUUACUUAAAAGUUAUUAGGCUACCUAGUCAAAGCAUGUAUAGAUAGAUUAGUGCAAAUGGGUGCAAGCAUAUAGCUGAAUAAUGGAAGUGAGAAGUAGGGAGAGGAAUUGCAUAGGGUGCUCUGAAUCAGGCAUUUUAGGUGGAAAGUGAGACCAGGGAUAUUUAAGGUGGUUGCUGAAGGGAGAAAAGCAACCUGCUUUAGAGUGGUUUCUGGGAAAUAAUUUUGCAGGGGGAGUGGUCGGAGGUCAGUGAAGUUUAAAAGUGAGCUAGUUGGUACUCAUCCAUUUUUGUCAGUAUUCGUUGAGUCUUUGGGACAGGUCGAGAGAACUCCACGCAUAAAUAAGUCCAAAUUCAGAUGCAGUUAUGGUAGCUGUGCAAGUAGUGAGUGAAGCAUAGAAAAACAGGGACACUUCUAUACACACUUUUGUCUAUUUGAGGCCCAUCAUAGAGAACUGCUGUGCUAUAUGUAGUUAAAUAGAAGAAAAGAUGAGACAUGGCAGAGGAAAUAUAGCAAAAAAUGUACUUGUAGUUGUCUAGGUUAGUCUGCAUUUUUGAGAGGCAACUUAGAAAAGGAUUUUCCCUUUUAUAUAAUCAAUGUAUAUAUAUGCAGAUAUGCCACACCUGUAUAUUCUAGAUCUGUACAUAUGUAUAUAGCUGGAAUCAAAUAUCAUAUAUAUAUUAUUUAGUUUAUUAUAUACAUGCAUAACAUACUGUUAUAUCAACAUUUUUAUAAAGUUGACAUAAUUAAUUUUUCCAUAGUGCGAAUUCACUUACCAAGCUCACCUCAGUAGCUGAGUACUAGUUAUGUCUGUGUGUGUAAAUAUGAUAUAUGUCUGGAACAAUUAGUAGUAUAACAGUAAGUGUUGUCCUAGAAACGUGUUUUGCUUUUCAGCACUUUGCUGCUGUCUGAACCGUUGCUUGCUGCUCUGGUUUUUCCCCACUAUUUUAUUGCCGUUUGGCAAAUUUGACAUUUGAAAAAUGUGUGGAACCGACAGCCUGGCGAUCCCGGUCCCAUGUCCUGGGUCCGUCUUGGCAAGGGCAGCAGCAGCACGUGCUUACUGCUUUCCAGACAAGCUGCUGCUUUGCCAGUUUGUCUUAGCCCUUCCAGGAGGGACCAUCUGGCAGGAUUCAUUUUCCACUGGCUUUUCAGUGCUUGGCCAGUAGCACAAGAAUGAAUGUUGUUUUGCAGGUACAGGUCCACGAGGAACUGGACUGAGGCCAGUUAUUCCUGUUCAAGAGAGGCCCCUAACCCCUGUCAGGGGGCAAAGACUUCCAGCUGCCACUAGGCUGAGUUGCAUUUGAACUAAGGACCUGCACCUACUCCUGGGUCCUCCCUCUUCCUUCCUUUUUUAAUUUCUGUAUAUAAAGAUGCCCCCAAAACAAUGUAAUGUCAUCAUAGGAUUUUGAGGUGGUUUUGUAUGGAAGCAGUCUGACCAAGAAGCGUUCCCUGUGGGUGGUCUCAGACUGAGUGGGAGCACUGCUUUUGCCUGUACUUAUUUCUUACGUACUUAAGAGAUUAAACUCUUAAAAGGAAUAUUGAUUCUUAACAAAGAUGCAUAGCAGUGCAUUUUAUUUCCCAGGCCACACCAGGAACUUGAGAGCAAGAUUAUCACCUUGAAUCUGGCAUGUGCUUGAUUCAAACCAUCUCUACCAAACCCCCCUUUAGUGCCCAGUGCAAGUGACCUGAAUUCCCUUCUCUUCCUUAUCUUUCCUCCUGUCAUCCCUCACUAACGCUCCCUUCUGUAGAGAAACCUUUUAAUAUUUUGUGCUCCUCCAGACUAAAAAUUAUCCCACAGUAUAUACAGCCCAUUCAGGCAGAUACGAGGGUGGUGAUGCUCUACCUUCUUGCUGUGAACCCAACCGCAGCUCGCUCCAAGGAGCCCCCCAACACUUGUUCUGGUGGAACCACCAUGUGAGCACCGGAUCUUCAGCCAGCGCAAAACGCCACAGCUUCGUAGUUUCCUAGUAGCUCGGGUCAGGAGGGACCUGAACAGAUCAUCUCGCCUGACCCCUGCCACGGGCAGGAAUGAAUGCCGGGCUCACAAGACCUCAGACAUGAUCAUCCAACCUCCUCUUGAAUUUGCCCAAGGUAGGGACGAGGACCACUUCCCUGGGAAGUUGGUUCCAGAUUUUGGCCACCCUAACUGUAAAAUAUUGCCUUCUGAUCUCUAACCUAAUCCUGU